UGUCAUAGAUGACUGGGGACAGCAUGUGUAUCCCUCAGUAUGUGAUUGCUUGUUCCUCCACAGGACUUGCUUUCAGAGUAGCGUAUCUAGAAGGUACAGUGCUGGAGCUUUGCCCUAGUUUACACUUGAAUGCUCCGAUCCAUUCUGUUCGCCUCUGAGAUUUAUGCGUGGAGUCGCUAACGGCACUGCUUAUUGUGGUAAGAGAGAUGGGACUGUUCAUCGGAUGCACUGGAGUAUCUGGCUUUGAAUCGGAGCAGUAAGGGGAUAAGCUGCAGUUUAUUUGGUGUAACAAGUUGGUAGUUUGGGGGCUUUAAUUUGGUUUUUAAGCGAUUGUCUCUAAAAGUGUUUUUCAUGUUUCAGCAUGCCUUAUAAUAUGCCACCGAAAAGCAGCUUUAACAGCAGCUGUGCUGAGAAUCUGCAAGUGUCUACUUUAUCCACUGGAACAAGAUUUGGCAGUGAGAGGCUGAUUUCUGUGGGAGAGAACAUCUUUGGCAGCUUGUUUAGAAAAGAAGAUCCCAGGAGAGGUUCCAGAGGCUGAGUGGGGGUCAUGAUCACACUACAGGAGGGCGACAGCCGGCUGCCUUUCUGACAGGGGUCUAAUGGAGGCCUAAUAGGAACUAGUCAAGUUCCAGAGGCCUCUGCUUUGACCUUGAAUUUCGCCUGUGGAGGCAGGCUGAGUAAGGAAGUUGCUGACUCCUCUGUGUUGAAAGAAACACUAAGGAGGUGACUGAGGAGGUGGCGUGAUGGCAGAGCGGGGGCUCUCCGCCCCUCUCCCUCUCCUUCUCUUUCUUGUCCUGGUGGGAGUUCUCCCAGAGAUUGAGAGCUCGGGAUAUCUUUCCGGAUAUCGCCUGAGGAGUCGUUUGCAGAGGGACCGGCACAUCCGCAACAUCCGACCCAACGUCAUUCUCAUUCUCACUGAUGAUCAAGACAUAGAACUGGGCUCUAUGCAGGCCAUGAACAAAACUCGGCACAUCAUGGAAAAGGGCGGCACACAUUUUUCAAACGCUUUCUCCACCACGCCAAUGUGCUGCCCAUCCCGCUCCUCCAUCCUGACGGGAAAAUAUGUGCAUAAUCACCAUACCUAUACCAACAACGAGAACUGCUCCUCACCCUCGUGGCAGGCCCACCACGAGCCGCACACCUUUGCUGUCCACCUCAACAACUCAGGCUACAGGACAGCCUUUUUUGGAAAGUACCUCAAUGAGUACAACGGCUCCUACGUGCCUCCUGGCUGGAAGGAGUGGGUAGCAUUGGUGAAAAACUCACGUUUCUACAACUACACCCUCUGCAGAAACGGUGUACGGGAGAAGCACAGCAGCGACUACACAAAGGACUAUCUGACAGAUGUCAUUACCAACAACAGCAUCGACUACUUCCGUACGUCCAAGAGGCUGUACCCUCACCGGCCUGUGUUGAUGGUUCUGAGUCACGUUGCUCCACAUGGUCCAGAGGACUCUGCCCCGCAGUACAGCUCCGCUUUCUCCAAUGCAUCACAGCACAUAACCCCCAGCUACAACUAUGCCCCUAACCCAGACAAGCACUGGAUCCUACGCUACACUGGACCUAUGAAGCCUGUCCACAUGCAGUUCACUAACAUGCUUCAGCGCAGGAGGAUGCAGACUCUGCUGUCGGUGGAUGACAGUGUGGAGAAGGUGUACAACAUGUUGGUGGAGACAGGUGAACUGGACAACACGUACCUCAUUUACACCUCAGACCACGGCUACCAUAUUGGCCAGUUUGGUCUUGUGAAGGGCAAAUCAAUGCCUUAUGAGUUUGAUAUCCGUGUACCCUUCUACAUUCGAGGACCUAAUGUGGAGCAAGGUGCUGUUAAUCCUCACAUAGUAUUGAACAUUGACCUGGCACCAACUCUGCUGGACAUGGCUGGUGUUGAUAUCCCUGCAGAAAUGGACGGCAAGUCUAUCCUCAAGCUGCUAGACACAGACCGACCAGUCAAUAGGUUCCAGUUGAGCAAGAAGGGUAAAACAUGGAGAGAUUCUUUCCUCGUGGAGAGAGGGAAGCCUCCGCACAAGAGAGCCGAUGGAAAGGAAAUGGCCCAGGAAGAGAACUUCCUGCCAAAAUAUCAGAGGGUGAAGGACCUGUGCCAAAAAGAAGAGUACCAGACCUCCUGCCAGCAGCCAGGACAGAAGUGGCAGUGUGUGGAGGACCCGACUGGCAAGCUGAGGCUGUAUAAGUGCAAGGGCAUGGCUAGUCUCUUUGCCCCACGUAUGCAGGCUCUGAUGGCCAGCGGUGCCUCACAGCUGUCUCUCACAUCCAGCUCUGACAGCUGUGACUGCAGCAAUUCCGGCUUCAAACCAUCCAUCAUGAAGAGGAAGAGGCUUCUCACCAAAAAGAAGAUAAAGUCCAGUAAGAGUACAAGUAGGAAGCGUUGGGCCCGCUCUAUAUCAUUUGAGCUGGGCGGUGACCUGUAUGCUGUAGACCUAGAAAAAGGCUACUGGCCACUAGGGUCCAGGAACAGCAGCUGGGCCAGAGACAGGAGGAGAGGAGUGAAUGAGGAAGACAAUGAAGAGUUCAGUGGCAUGGAAGUGACUGUCAAACCCACCACCAGCAACAAACUUGCUACACCUGCUGCUAUUAAAGUCACAUAUAGAUGCUCCAUUCUUAUGAAUGACACAGUUAAAUGUGAUGGAGGCCUCUAUAAGUCCCUUCAAGCAUGGAAAGACCACAAAUUGCACAUAGAGCAUGAGAUUGAAACCUUGCAGACAAAAAUCAAGAACUUGCGUGAGGUCAAAGGUCAUUUAAAAAACGUGCGACCAGAGGAAUGUCAGUGCGACAGUCCCAGUUAUCUCACUACGAAUAAGGAGACUUUCCAACUUAAUGCAGGACAAAUGCUCUCACUCAGAAUGCCAUCAAAGCAGAAGACUCAGUGGUUGCAGAAGGAGCAGAAACGCAGAAAGAAACUACGGAAAUUCCUCAAGAGGCUUCAGAACAACGACACGUGCAGCAUGCCCGGCCUGACCUGCUUCACACAUGACAACCAUCAUUGGCAGACUGCUCCCUUCUGGACAAUGGGUCCAUUCUGUGCAUGCACCAGUGCCAACAACAACACAUACUGGUGCCUCAGGACCAUCAAUGACACACACAAUUUCCUGUUCUGUGAAUUUGCUACGGGCUUCCUGGAGUAUUUUGACCUCAACACUGACCCGUACCAGCUGAUAAAUGCUGUCAACACCCUUGACCGCAACGCUCUGAAUUUGAUGCAUCAACAACUUAUGGAAUUACGGGGCUGCAAAGGACAUAAGCAGUGCAGCCCAGAGAAGGGAGGAAAGGAGCGAAACUACUUCAGUGAAUACAGGCCAGUUCAUCGCCGAAAGAGGCCAAAAGUGAAGAAGCCCUCCUCCAAAUCGCUAGGGCAGAUUUGGGAAGGGUGGGUUGGUUAACCACCUGCAGCCCACAACCAACCGCAUCGGCCUCCUCCAGAGAAGGAAGGAGAAUGGAGAGUGCAGAAAACCCGAAGACCUCGACUUUGAUAGACCAUAUGCUGGGAUACCACUCUAAGCUGGGUUUCAUUUUCGGGGGAGCUGCUCCUCAUAGCCUCCUACCGGGGUGUAGGAAAUACCAAGGCCUACAAUAAGUCUAAAGACUCAGCAAUUAUGUAUUUUGGACCAUAUUUCAUAUCCAUUUGCAAACUUUGCCACCCCCAGCUGUCAGGAUUGUUAACAACAACAACAAGAUUCUGUAAAUCAAGUGGAACCGUUUGGUGUCUGCAAGCCUUUCAGUAUACCACUAAUGCUUGUAGAUAAUAUACAAUGUCUCAGCUUUAAUCAGCUUUCUUUCAUGUCAUGUGAGACUGUGUGGAAAUAUGAUGAGUAACACGUCACUUCUGCUGCUACACAAUGACGUCAUGGCCUUGUGAUGUCUCUGCGGCACAUGUGGAUUAGCUAACUAUUUCACACUUGGAGUAACAUUAAGACAUAUGUUGUAUUCUUUCUCUGCACCAACGUGUCUGCACAUGGAAGUAAAGUGGACUUAACCAACAACCAACUGCAUCAAACAUGUCGCCAUACUCUUUUGUAUUAUAGUUAUUCUUAACACCGAUGAAUGUCCUUUGUUACUACAGGUCAUCCUCCUCACAGCUGUGCGAUCUGAGAUGACCUGAGUUUGCCUGCAAUGAUUUAAAUGCAUACACAGAAUUCAACAAAAGUCUCUUUAUGCCCUUAAAGAGGUCUAAAUUAACAACACCAUCUCACAAUGAUACAAUCCUCCAGACUACGUGACCUGUAACAGAAUGUGUCAUUUGUGAAUGCCAUUUUACUCCUUUGUAUUGUCAGUAUCACACUGUAGAAGUAUCCAAAUAGUUUGUUCAGCUUGCUAUACAUGGUGCUACAAGAUAACAAUACAAGUCUGAAAUCUUGCUGUACAGUACAGUAUGUAUUUGAAUGUAUGUUGUGCAAUUAAUAUAAAUGUUUACAAUAUUUUUUAUAAUACUGGAGAGGCAACCUCAUUGUAUGAUACGAGUUGACAAAAUGAACUUAUAGGGAGAAACGUAGCUUGAGAAAUGUCAUUGUCAUUGAGAUUUGUAUGUUUGUCCUUAUUUACAUCAGAAAAGCACUUAAAGGGUUCACUGUGAAGAGCUGUGCCAUGUACAUUAAUGGACAGUAUGCUUUGCGCCGGAAGAAAAACAAAACAGUGUAAUACUCAUUGAUGUGAAGUUUACUUCUUGCAUUUGUUAGCUUCUUUUCUUUUCUUUUUUUAGCCAAUACUUCCUUUUAAUAGAGUGCUGAUAGUCAAUGUGAAUAAAGUGUUGUUUGACCAUGAA